CGAACAUUAUUGAAUCUAAUCAAGCACCCAAUUCCCAACUCCAGCAGCAAUCAACAACAAAUUCCUACUUGACAACUACAAGGAUUUUUGCUGUAAUGGAUUCGGAAGCUGAAUUGAAGCAGCAGCUGGAGGAAUUGCAGAAGCAGCUGAGCAAGAAACUGAGGUUCGAGGACGCCAUUUCUUCCAUCAAAUCCCUUCUCCGCGAUCGCUAUCCCUCUGCUUCCCUUCCUCUACGCAAGUCGUUCUAUUCGGUUGUUUGUCGAGCUGCAACUGUUCUGAAAACGAGGCACACGGCGCCUGGCUUCUGGCUCGCCGGAUUAGGGCUAUUCCAGCUCGCUGAAUCCCUUGCUUCGGAGCCUUCUGAGAAGGCGCAUUUGAGGAGUUGUGUCUCCGAAGCGAAAGAACACUUGAACCAAAUUGAGAAAGAUCUACCCGAUGUUUCUGCUGCCUCGUCAAGCAGAGGAGGGUAUCUUUUUGAGGGUCAUCUCACAGUGGAUACUGAACCGCCACAGCCUCUAUGGCUUCAGAGUGAGACCAUCAUGGAGAGACUUUUAGCAGCCGAGUCCUCCAGAGGUGCUGCCGAGGCUGACACAGAUGGUAGUGCAAUGCUACUUGAACAACUCAUUACCAACUUCAACAACGUCAUACCCGAGAUGCUUGAUGAUGAUUCCAAAGUCCCAAAGGUACCACCAGCCAGUAAAGAGGUAGUUGCGAAUCUUCCUGUUAUCACUAUAACACAUGAAAUCUUGGCCAAGCUGGGACCAGGAGCAGAUUGUUCAAUUUGUAAGGAGAAUUUGGUUGUUGAAGACAAGAUGCAAGAGUUGCCUUGCCAGCAUACCUUCCACCCUCCCUGUUUGAAGCCUUGGCUGGAUGAGCACAAUUCUUGCCCAAUUUGCCGUCAUGAGCUGCCGACUGACGACCACAAAUACGAGAGCUGGAAAGAACGGGAGAGAGAAGCAGAAGAAGAGAGAAAAGGAGCUGCUAACGCUCUACGUGGUGGUGAAUUCAUGUAUAUUUGAGCAGCAAUCGUACAUGGGAUAGAACGGGAGAGAAGCAGAAAAAAGAGAGAAGAGCUGCAAACGCUCUACGUGGUGCUAAAUUCAUGUAUGUUUGAGCAGCUAUCGCAGGUUGGAUAGGGAGCUCGUAAUAUGUCAUUAGUCGUUGUUGUACCAUGUAUAACUGAUACUUUUGUGUUUUGGAAUAAAAGUGAUUUUAUUAG